AUGUCCGAAGCGGAUUUAUUACAACCAGGAAACGUUGUACGUGAUCGUUGGAAAGUGUUAACCAAAAUCGGUGGUGGUGGUUUUGGUCAGAUAUACGAAGCAUUUGAUCUCUUAACAAAAGAAAAUGUUGCACUUAAACUUGAAUCUGCAAAACAGCCUAAACAAGUACUUAAAAUGGAAGUUACUGUAUUACGACGACUCCAAGGCAAAGAUCAUGUGUGCAAGUUCUUAGGGGGUGGAACAAAUGAAAUGUAUAACUAUGUCGUGAUGACACUUCAAGGAAAAAAUUUAGCUGAACUACGUCGUAGUCAAACGCGACAAUGUUUUUCAUUAUCAACGUCAUUGCGUAUUAGUGCUCAAAUAUUGGAUGCUAUUGAAUCUAUACAUUCUAUUGGUUUUCUUCAUCGUGAUAUUAAACCAUCAAAUUUUGCUAUGGGUAGAUUACCGUCCAACUGUCGAAAAGUUUAUAUGUUAGACUUUGGUUUAGCGAGAAAAUACACAAAUGCUGAAGGAACUGUAAGAGCAGCGCGACCACAAGCCGGAUUUAGAGGAACAGUACGCUAUGCAUCGAUUAAUGCUCACAAAAAUAAAGAAAUGAGUCGUCACGAUGAUUUGUGGAGUUUAUUUUAUAUGUUAAUUGAAUUUGUCACGGGACAAUUACCGUGGAGACGGAUAAAAGAUAAAGAACAAGUUGGACAAAUGAAAGAGAAAUAUGAUCAUUCAACAUUCUUGAAAAAUUUACCGUCUGAAUUUAAACAAUUUCUUGAACAUAUUCAGUCGCUUGAUUAUGUCGAUAAACCAAAUUAUGAAUUAUUAAAAAGUUUAUUUCAUCAAUCAAUUGCACGACGCAGUAUCAAAGAAAGUGAACUAUUCGAUUGGGAAAAAGAAACUGAAGACGAAGUAAUAACACCAAAUUCCGCCGUUUUGCAAACUCAACAACAGCAACAACAAAAAGAACCAACACAACCUAUUGUUAGUUCCUUUGAAUUAUGA